AUGCUGGAGUUGGAGAUGCACCUCGCCGGAGGCAAGUUCAGUGGUCCUCAUCACCCUACAGUAUGUUUGCUGAUCUUGAGCAUCUUUGGACUCCCUGAAGAUGUAGCGAACUUACCUGCGCUGCCCCACUCCCCCUUUGGUGGUAAUUUCAAGGUCGCCUACGUUCCCGACAUUGGAACGGUGGAAUCCAGGGUCAACCCCGAGAAAGUCGUCACCAACGCGGCCCAGGGUCAAAAGGGGCAAGCGGCCGGUAGAGCUGGGGGUGGCGGAGGAGGAGGCUGUGGAAAAGCGUCAGCGUCUUGGGUGUCGCGAGCAACCCUGCGGAGGAUGACGUGGGGUUGGGUGGAAGGGUUUCUCAACGUAGCCAAGGUCUUCCGUCGCAUCGACGGCACGGACGGGACUUACCUGAAAGACAUUCAGGACGAUCCUGAAGUGCGGUCUCAGUUGUCCCAGAUCCACGAAAGGCUUGACGUGAUGGAGAACUCCAUGCUGGCCUUCAAGCGCCAGUUCUCUGCCUACGAAUACCUUUGGACGACAGACCUACAAGCAAUGUUCAAGGAGUUCCUCGAGGAGGCCAGCUACGACGAGGUCAUCGAAGAUGAAGACGACGACUCCGGGGGAGGGACUGGGGGAGGAGGAGCACGGCAGGGGGUCUCAGAGCAAGGGGGGGGUGACGACGGCACGGACGGCACGCGGGUGCUCCGCAUGCUCAACCUCGCGAAAUUCGACGAAAAGAUUCACCUUUACCUUGGAGUUCAGUCGGAGGUGGCGUCUCUGAAGCACAACCAGGACGUGGGCUUCGUCCGCGUCAACGCGCAGCCCAUGAAGCAGGCCAUAAGCACUUGGGUGACGAAAUGGAUCUACCUCUUCGCGCAGAGUCUACAGGACCAUGUGUCUUCAUCUUUGGAGAGGAUGUACUCCUUCAUCGCAUACACGCAGAAAGGGCUGGAGACACCCCUGUCGGCCGAAGACAAAGACGGCAUCAUGUCCACGAUGACUCAUAUUCGCGACGUCCGCAAGAAGGCCCCCAUGGUGACCGGUCUCUUCGGUCCUCUCAAGGAUACGGUGCUGCUGCUCAAGAGCAGGGGGAUACCCGUGGAUCUUCCCCCCGUCAACAAGCAGCCCGCGCUUGAGUUCCUAGAUUCCGCGUACAUGCUCUGGGACAACACCGUCAACAAGGCCUACCGCGUCAAGGGCGAGAUACAGCCACUGCAGAAUGCGGCCGCUGAUGGAGUGCGGAAGGAUAUCGCUAACUUCGGCGAAGAGGUGAAGGCCUUCGUUGCUCUGUUUAAGCGAACGGCGCCGUUCGCGACGGCGCAAAAGCGAACGUCAGUCGACGUCGGAGGCGGCGACAGCACCGCAGCUCAUCCUUUCCAGGCAGCGGUUGCAAGCUACAAGAAGCUGGACAAUAUCCAACAUUCCCUGCGAGCCCUCGAAGCGAAGGCUUUGUCCAUGAGGGAGCUAGAGGAGCUGUUCGAGUUAUCGCCGACAAGACAUACCGGCCUCGUUGAGGUGCGGGCGCAACUUCGACUGCUGAAGAUGGUGUGGGACGUGGUCGGUCUUGUGGAUGGGCUGUUUGCUUCCUGGACGGCUACGCUCUGGGCCGACAUCAAGACGGACGAGCUGUUGGAAGAGGCCAGGAUAACGCUCGCGACCGUGUUGGGGCCGUCGUUCUCCCUGGAGGAUGCCCUCUCCCUCGACUUGCACAAGUACGUGGACGCGUGCAUGGAAGCGGUAGAGGUGGCCACCAAGGAGCUCAAGGUCGAGACACGCCUGCGCAAUAUCGAGACCCGUUGGAAGGAGGAGCAGCUUAGCUUUGUGCGGCACCGGGAUACGGAGGUGUUCGUGCUGUUCGGGGCGGACGAGGUUCUCGAAGCGCUGGAGGACCACCAGAUGCAGCUCCAGGGGAUGGCCGGCAUGGGAAAGUUCGUGGACUUCUUCCGAGAGGAGGUGACGGAGUGGCAGGCCAUCUUGGGAGAGGUAGAGACGUUUUUGAAGCUGAUGCUGACGGUGCAGAGGCAGUGGACAUCGCUCGAGGCCAUUUUCCUCACCAGCAAGGACAUCAGGUCUCAGCUGCCGGACGACACGCGAAGGUUCGAAGGCAUUGAUCUCGAGUUCAAGGACCUGAUGAAGAGCGGGUCCUAUUGUCCCACCGUCAUCACAUUCUGCUCCGAGGAUGGAAGGGGAGAAGGUCUCGCCAACAUGCACCGCGAGCUGGAGAAGUGUGAGAGAGCCCUCACGGAGUACCUCGACAUGAAGAAAAACGUCUUCUCCAGGUUUUACUUCGUGUCUAACGCGGCUCUGCUCGACAUCCUGUCCAACGGCAACGACCCUCCCAAGAUUCAGCCCCACCUUGGCUCUGUAUUUGACGGGAUUGGAUCUCUUGAAUUUUCGGCACCGGAUGAGAGUGUUGAUUUGUCUGCUGCUGCGAAAGGUGGAGAAGGAGGCGAUGGGGACGACCCGUCCCUCGCGGAGUCACGGAAGAGCCUGGUAUCCUGGAUGCAGAAGACUCUUAUGCUAAGCCUCGACGAGGCAGUCAGGGAAGCCGCUCUCUGGGAGGUCGAUAAGCCGAGGGAAGAAUGGCUGUUCGGGUACCCCGCGGAGCUAGCGCUCCUUGCCGGCCAGAUACUUUGGACUGAAGAGUGCGAGAGAGCUCUGGAGGAGUACGAAAACGGAGCGGAGGACGCCGUAAAGAAGUACCUUGAGGUUUGCUGCGUCAGGCUGGAUGGUCUCAUCAAGCUCGUGCAGGGAGAGUUGACAAAAGAAACUCGCGCGAAGAUCAUCACCCUCAUCACAAUCGACGUUCACAGUAGAGAUGUGGUCCAGGGCUUGAUCGACCGCAGGGUGGAAAGCAACCUCGACUUCGCCUGGCAGUCCCAGCUAAGGUACUACUGGGCGCCUCAGGAUGGGGUCAAGAAGAUCGCAGUGCCAAUGACGUCAGGAACGGGGGCGGGGGCCGCAGGAGGUGCAGCGGUCGCGGCAUCGGCCAUCGACACGGGCGAGGGCUGCGUCCGAAUCAAGAUUUGCGACUUCCGAUCGGUGUACUCGUUCGAGUUCGCGGGCAACUGCGGCCGACUCGUGAUAACGCCGCUCACUGACCGGUGCUACGUCACCCUGACGACCGCCUUGAGACUGAUGCUUGGCGGGGCUCCGGCGGGUCCCGCGGGCACCGGCAAGACGGAGACUACGAAAGAUCUCGCCAGAGGCCUCGGGUUACCGUGCUACGUGUUCAACUGCUCGGACCAGAUGAACUACCGCACGAUGGCCGAUAUUUUUAAAGGUGUGGGUGCCUUGUACUUGUGCCGUGGGGCGGUGGUUGGGGCGUGGGGAUGUUUCGACGAGUUCAACCGCAUCUCCAUCGAGGUUUUGUCGGUAGUGGCAAGCCAGGUCAAGUGCAUUCAGGAUGCCGUUGCGCGAUUCUCCAAUCCCGACUUGAGAGAGCCACAGUACCAGCACUUACCCGCGGGAAUCCCCAACGUCAAGGUCGGGGUUUUCGACUUUCUUGGGGAGGUUGUAUCGAUGGUGCCCACUUGUGGCUUCUUCAUCACCAUGAACCCGGGGUAUGCCGGGCGGACGGAGCUCCCCGAGAACCUGAAGGCAUUGUUCCGGUCUUGCGCGAUGAUAAGGCCGGAUCUUCGGCCGAUCUGCGAGAACAUGCUCAUGGCCGAAGGGUUCGUUAAAGCUCGGGCCCUCGCAGUGAAGUUCGUAACGCUUUACUCGCUUUCCUCGGAGCUGCUGUCCAAGCAGUUCCACUACGAUUGGGGUCUUCGAGCAGUCAAGUCAGUCCUCCUGGUGGCGGGAAAGCUCAAACGUUCCGAUCCCGAUAUAGACGAAGAGGCUGUGCUGAUGAGAGCGUUGCGAGAUUUCAACACCCCCAAGAUCGUUAGCGCGGAUACGCCCAUCUUCCUAAGGCUGAUCGUAGAUCUCUUUCCGUUGAUGGACCUGGCACCCAAGGCAAGGAACCAUCAUGGAUGCACACGCAUAGGCAGGACUGCGUUGCGGGAAAACAUCAUCCCUGCGGUCACUUCGGACGAGCUCUACGGUUACAUGACCCUGGCGAAGGAAUGGAAAGAUGGAGUGCUAGCCAUCAUCAUGAGAAACAUGAGUAAGGAGUGGGCACCAUUCGGCCUGCACCAGAACCAAAAGUGGGUGAUCCUCGAUGGAGAUAUCGAUGCCGUCUGGAUCGAGAGCAUGAACACUGUCAUGGAUGACAACAAGGUGCUCACGCUGGUGUCGAACGAGCGAAUCCCACUGACGGCGGCCAUGCGAAUGAUCUUCGAGAUUCACUCUCUGAAAAACGCUACCCCCGCGACGGUUAGCCGCGCUGGCAUCCUGUUCGUCAACGAGGUGAUGACACAACUUAUGUAG